GCGGUUUCCGUUUCCGGCGCGCCUCGCUCUGGUCCCUGCGGCGGCGGCCGAGCCUUGUGCCUCCGCCAUAUUGUCUGUGUGCGGCGGCGGUGGCGGCGGUAGCGGCCGCGCCAGGUGGAGGAAUCUGAGGCCUUUGUCUUCUGUCGGCACUGCAGACCAGGUCGCCUCUGAUUUCACAUCUCACUUCCUCCUGCCAAGCUGUCUGAUAUGUCGGGACCCGUGCCGAGCAGGGCCAGAGUUUACACGGAUGUGAACACACACAGACCUCGGGAGUACUGGGACUAUGAGUCGCAUGUUGUUGAGUGGGGAAAUCAAGAUGACUACCAGCUAGUUCGAAAAUUAGGCCGAGGCAAAUACAGUGAAGUAUUUGAAGCCAUCAACAUUACAAAUAACGAAAAAGUAGUUGUUAAAAUUCUCAAGCCUGUUAAAAAGAAGAAAAUCAAGCGUGAAAUCAAGAUCUUAGAGAACUUGCGAGGCGGUCCCAAUAUAAUCACCCUUGCAGAUAUAGUAAAAGAUCCUGUGUCUCGAACACCCGCUCUGGUUUUUGAACAUGUAAACAACACAGACUUUAAGCAAUUAUACCAGACAUUAACAGAUUAUGAUAUCCGAUUCUACAUGUAUGAGAUUUUGAAGGCUCUAGAUUACUGCCAUAGCAUGGGAAUCAUGCACAGAGAUGUCAAACCUCACAACGUCAUGAUUGACCAUGAGCACAGAAAGCUUAGACUAAUAGACUGGGGUUUGGCUGAAUUCUAUCACCCUGGCCAAGAGUACAAUGUCAGAGUGGCUUCCAGAUAUUUCAAAGGACCUGAACUUCUUGUAGAUUAUCAGAUGUAUGAUUACAGUCUGGAUAUGUGGAGCUUGGGUUGCAUGUUGGCUAGUAUGAUAUUCCGAAAGGAGCCAUUUUUCCAUGGCCAUGACAACUAUGAUCAGCUGGUGAGGAUAGCCAAGGUUCUGGGGACAGAAGAUCUGUAUGACUACAUUGACAAAUAUAACAUUGAGCUGGACCCACGUUUCAAUGACAUCUUGGGCAGACACUCCCGCAAGCGAUGGGAGCGCUUUGUCCACAGUGAGAACCAGCAUCUGGUGAGUCCAGAAGCUCUGGAUUUCUUAGACAAGCUGCUGCGAUACGAUCACCAGUCACGACUCACAGCGAGAGAAGCCAUGGAACACCCCUACUUCUAUCCCAUUGUGAAAGACCAGGCUCGGAUGGGCUCGUCCAACCUGCCGGGUGGCAGCACUCCUGUCAGCAGUGCAAGCAUGAUGUCAGGGAUUUCUUCAGUGCCAACACCUUCACCCCUUGGACCUCUAGCAGGCUCACCUGUCAUCUCUGCCACCACCACUCUUGGGAUGCCGGUUCCAGCUGCUGCAGGCGCCCAGCAGUAGUGGCGGGCUCUGUCUCCUGCUGCCUGAGCUGAGUCAGGUGGGGAAGAGGUUUCCCCCUCCACCUCUCCUCAGGACGCAGCUCGUGCCUGGCAGGGGAAGGGAGGGGAUGAACGCUUUGGAGACACCGUGUCUGAACUGUUGCUUGUGGAUUUAUAGUAGUUCAGUCAUUAUAUACAAAAUUAUUAUAGGCUGAUUUUUCUUUUUUUACUUGAACUUUUCGUAACUCAGGGGAUUCCCUGAAAAUACCUACAGAUGGAAUACUUCUUGGACAGUUUUUCUUCCCCAUGCCCCUACCCCUCCCAAAAAAAAAGAAAAAAAAAACAACAAAAAAAACCUAAAAAAAAACCCCACAAAAAAACCCAACAAAACAACUCUUCAUGUAAUAACAAAGAUGAAUCAGCAGCAUUUCCAAGCUCUUGCAUCCUGCUGGAAAUCUCUUCUCUUCAUGUUCCCACCAUUAUUCCUCCACAAGCCUACACCUUGGGGGAUUGUGCUGUUCUCCAGAGACUACCAAAUCAAGUCUUCAUGAGGCAGGGGAGGGGAUUCUUGAAUUACCACUCACUCGAACCCCAUGUCCUGCAUAUGUCCCAGCCAGGGUACACUGAGGAGACAAUUCCAGUAGGGAGAGGUGGGAUAAGCUUAAAAGGAGUAAGUGCAGAUAGUGUCCAAAACCCUAAUUGGAUUGGAUAAUGUCUCCUUAGGAGUCAACCAGAGUGCUAACUCACCCUUUGCAUGUAAUUUUAGUCUUAAAAAUGAAGUUACUGAUCCAGCUGGAGUCCUUGGCACCUCCUGAGACAGGUGCUCUUGUAGAGUAAGCCCUGCUCUGAUCAGCCCCUUUCUCAUGGAGGGUUCUUCCAGCCAUUGCUUGGCUUGGAUCUCUGGAAUUAGUUUGUUAUUGGGUAUAUUGUUUUUAAAUUGUUUCUAUAGGUUUCAAGCUGGUGGCUACUUAAAGCUGGAAAAAUCAGACUGCGCCAAGUCCGAUCCCACAUCUUCACCCACCAUCCCCUCCCUCACGUGCCAUGUGGUGAGAAUACCAGUUACCUCACAGUCUUGUAAAUAUGCACUGAGAGGAAGGAGCGAGGAGACGUUAACUUAAACUGAAAUGGUAGAUCAGUAAUUGUGGACAAAUAUUAUCAUUGACAACGGAAAAGCACCCUUGUUACAGCCCUGCUACCCCUUGCUGUGUAUAUAUACUUUGUCCUUCAUAUGUGAAAGAUCCAGUGUUGGAAUUCUUUGGUGUAAAUAAACAUUUGGUUUUAUUUAUCGA